AUUCCACCACACACCGUUUACACAACUUUCUUUCUUUUAUUGCUUCAAAAAUUCAAAAUCAAAAUCAUCUCUUUUAUUUAUUUUUAUAUUUUUGUCUUGGUGACUCUCAUUUUCUGAUCUCACACCACUUUCUCUCUCUUCUACUCUCUAGCAACCAUUCCAAAUAACCCCUUCUCUCUCCUUCCACCUCUAAAAAUCAGCAACAUGGCCUUGUUUGCUCUUGCAGUGCUUCUUUUAGCCUUCACUGGCUCUUCAAGUGCCACUUGGUGUGUUUGCAAGGAAGGAAGUGAUGCAAUAUUGCAGAAAACCUUAGAUUAUGCUUGUGGAGCUGGGGCUGAUUGUAACCCUUUGCAUCAGAAUGGCCCUUGUUUCCAACCCAACACUGUGAGAGCUCACUGUAACUAUGCAGUUAACAGCUAUUUCCAAAGGAAGGGUCAAGCACAAGGAUCCUGUGACUUUGCAGGAACCGCCACUGUUACUGCAUCAGAUCCCAGCACUGGAGGUUGUUCCUACCCUGCAAGCGCCAGCACUGCAGGCACUGCCACAACCAGUGGCACCACCACUUCCUUUCCAUACAGUUCCACCCCUGGAGUAUUGGGAGGGAUUGGCAGGGGUAUGGGCCCUUCUGGAAUUGGCACCAAUUCAAAUGAUAGCCAUGGUGGACUUAGACUUGUGGACACUAGUUUCUUCUUCAUGCCCCUCUUUUCAGCCUUGGUGAUGAUCAUGCUUCUUUGGUGGGGCUAAAAAAAGUGGUUACUAGCUUUUGCAUGACUUUGACCAUGUUAAUUAUCAUGAUGGACAAAUGUUGAUGUUGUAUUUUACUACGCAUAAAUGGGUAUGCAUGUGAGUCUAGUAAUUAGUUAUGUUCUUCUCUAGGUAUUUAAUUAAUUAGAGACAUUAGUUUUGGGUUACUUUUUAUAAUCACUAUUUUUCUCCUAACUUUACCUCUUCUACUUGGGUGAAAAGGGCUAAAUGGUUCUUUCCAAGUAGUGCUAAGGUGUUGCAAUGGACUCACUCUUUGCUUAUUGUGUA